UAUGCUCUAUAAUGACAAAGGUCAACGGUGUGUAGCGGGACAGUAUAUAAAGGCGUCCGCCGCACUUCUGCGCCAGUCGUCCCAGUAGCCUUAUCCUGGAGUGCUGAGGAAGACCAGGACUGCAGCCAUGAAGCUUUUGGUAGCGUUGUGUCUGAUGGCGGCGGGCGUCAGCGCCCAGUACGGGCAAUCUGGCAUCGUCUUUCCUGACGGAAGGCUGAAGCAAUUCACCCGUGAGGAGGCUGACAACGUCGCUGAAAUCGGGGAGUCUGGAGUGGUCUUUAAGGACGGAUCACACAAGCAGUUUGACAUGGAAUUUGCUACCCUGCACAACAACCUCCCUGCCCCAGCCAGGCCAGAGCCCGUGGCCUUCGGUCCCUACAGCUACACUGGCAUCGUCAUGCCCGACGGCAACAACAGGCAGUUCACCCAUGAUGAGCACACCAACAUUCUCGUGGUCGGCCCCUCAGGCGUCGUGACUGCUGACGGCAAGAACCUGCAGCUGGAUCAGGAAGGCCUCCCUCUCCCACUCCGCAGGAAGCGAGGCGCUUCUGAGGCUGUGGUUGGCGAAUCCGGCAUCAUCACUCCGAGUGGACAGCUUAUCCAGCUUCCUCCUGGUGUGUCAGUUGUUGCUGCUGGGCCUUCUGCUGCUCUUCUCUCCACUGGUAAAGGUAUUCAGUACGACCGCAAGAAGCGUGCAGCACCCUCUAAGGCUGUCGUAGGAGACGGCGGCAUCAUCACCCCAGGCGGAGUUCAGUUUCAGCUUCCCCACGGCGUGUAUAUUGUCUCCAAGGGACCUUCUGCAGCUCUGCUCUCCAACGGAGAGGCUGUUCAAUAUGACGAAAAAAAGAAAUACGUAAAGCCAGGCCCCUACGGCGCUACUGGCAUCGUCAUGCCCGACGGCAAGAACGUGCAAUUCACCCAUGAUCAAUCUGCCAACGUCGCCGUAGUCGGGCCCUCUGGCGUCGUCAUGGUUGACGGCAGGAACGUGCAGCUGAACGAUGAGGGCCUCCCAUCCCGCAAGAAGCGUUCCAAGCCCGUAGUUGGCGAUUCAGGAUACAUCACCGCAAGCGGAAGGCCGGUCCAGUUUCCUCAUGGUGUCACGAUCCUAAUCGCGGGAGACACUGGCCUGCUGCUCUCCAACGGAGAAGCCGUGCAGCUGUACGAGUAAAUAUUUAUAUAAAUACAUCAUCUUGACUUCUGCUAUUUUCUCCCAAGGCAGCUACGUAUACUUUUUAUGAGACUAGAAGGACGUAGUCUCCACUGACACGUGCUACGAUUUUUUUUUUAAUUAAAUAUAUUUCUCCUUAGAGGAAUGAAUACAUUAUACCCCAAAACUAACCUGACUUGGUCUACAAAAAAAAAAAGAAGCAUCACUACGUACAGUGAGAUUAAAGAGUAGUAGAGGCAAGAAAAGGAAGAAAGCAAUGAGGGGAUGUUGGCGUAGGAAAAUGGUGAAUGAUAUUUCAAGCAAGAUAUAAUCCAUCAUAUUGACAUGAAAUUGUGUUAGCAAAAAGUGUGCAGUUCACCAUUAUCAUAAGAUGGCUGUGUGUAUGUGAUAGGAAGGAUGGAAUUGAACAAUAAAUGACGCACAUUGGA